CAGAAUAAAAACAGCAACACCAGACACAGGAGAGAGGGAGAAAAAAAAAGCGCAACGAUCCAUCGAAACGCGGGCUUUGCCCUUUCUUAAUUACGUUGCAUCCAGUGUUUUUGCAUUCAACCCCCCUCCUCCCUUCCUUUUUCCCCCCUUUUCUGAGACUUUUGUGAAGUGGUAAUUAGCUCUAGGAGAAUAAAACCAGCUGAUUUGGAUCGGGCUGGUGCAUUUUGGGGCGAGAUGGCUAACAGGAUGGUUGCGCUGCUGCUUCUCGGCUUGCUGCUGCUCACCCUUCUGCAGCCUUCCCUACAGGGAGGUGUGUAUGUGCCUGCUGGUACAGGAGGCGGAAUUUCGGGAGUUUUCCCAGGAGGUGCUGGGGUCCCGUUCAAACCGGCCAAAUCUGGAGGUGGAUACGGGGCUGGUGUAGGAGGACUUGGUACUGGUGGACUUGGUGCUGGUGGACUUGGUGCUGGAUUAGGUGCAGGAGGUCUUGGUGCAGGGGUUGGAGGAAAACCACCUAAAACAGGUUAUGGAGUCUUAGGAGCAGGUGGGCUGGGUACUGGAGGAUUCAGACCUGGAGGUGGUUAUGGUGGAUAUGGUGGUGGAGUUAUUCCUGGAACAGGAGCUGGAGGACUUGGAAAAGCAGGCCUCAAGCCUGGAAAAGGAGGGCCAGGUACUGGAGGGACAGUACUGGGUCCUGGAACUGGGGGAACUGUACCUGGUGGUGGGCCUGCACUCCCUGGUGGAGCUCCAGUCAUUCCACAGACUGGUCUCCCAGGAGUGGGUCCUGGUGGGAAAGCUGCAAAACCAGGGAAGGCACCAGUGCCAGGAGUAGGAGUGCCUGGAGCAUUUCAAGGUGGAAUUCUGCCAGGUCAAGGAUUUAAUAGGCUAGGUGUGCUUCCAGGUGUAGCAACAGGAUCUGGACUUAAACCAAAGUCAGGUACUGGUAUUGUGCCAGGCCAGAUGCAACCAGGGGUCUUUCAUGGAUACCCUCUCAAAUCUCCAAAAUUCCCAGGCGGAUCCCCUUAUACUGGAGGCAAACCUCCAUAUGGUUUUGGUGGCUUUGGUACUGGUGCAGGAUUACCUGGUGGCAAAGGCGCUAAGCCAGGCUUUCCCACAGGCACUGGUAUGGGGAACUUAGGUGUCUCAGCUGCACAGGCCAAAGCUGCUAAAUACGGCCCUGGAGCUGGCGUGAGUGGGGCUGGAGGUGUACCCGGAGCUGGGUUAGGUGGGAUUGGAGGUGUUCCUGGAGCCGGCUUAGGUGGAGUUGGAGGUGUACCAGGAGCUGGAUUUUAUCCAGGCGUUGGAGGUGUAGGUGGUCUUUCACCAGCUCAAGCCAAGGCUGCUAAAUAUGGUGCUGGAGCAGGAUUUGGUGGAGCUGGAAUUGGUGCUGGUUUAGGUGGAGCUGGACCUGGUGCUGGUUUAGGUGGUCUUGGUGGUGUAGGACCUGGAGGAGUUUACCCUGGAACUGGAGGUGUAGGUGGUCUUUCACCAGCUCAAGCCAAGGCUGCUAAAUAUGGUGCUGGUGCAGGAUUGGGUGGAGCUGGAACUGGUGCUGGUUUAGGUGGUCUUGGUGGUGUAGGACCUGGAGGAGUUUACCCUGGAACUGGAGGUGUAGGUGGUCUUUCACCAGCUCAAGCCAAGGCUGCUAAAUAUGGUGCUGGUGCAGGAUUGGGUGGAGCUGGAACUGGUGCUGGUUUAGGUGGAGCCGGACCUGGUGCUGGUUUAGGUGGUCUUGGUGGUGUAGGACCUGGAGGAGUUUACCCUGGAACUGGAGUAGGUGCAGGAGUACUCACCCCUGCUCAAGCUAAAGCUGCUAAAUAUGGUGCUGGAGCUGGUUUAUUUUUGGGAGGUGCAGGUGGAGUCCCAGGAGCUGGCGUUUACCCUGGUAUAGCUGGUACAGGAGGAGGCUUUGUACCAGGAACUGGAGGAGUUUAUCCUGGAACAGCAGGUCUCACACCUGCCCAGGCCAAAGCAGCUAAAUAUGGUGGAGCUGGAACUGGUUUGGGUGGGGGUGGUGUACCAGGUGCUGGUUUGGGUGGGGGUGGUGUACCAGGUGCUGGUUUGGGUGGGGGUGGUGUACCAGGCGCUGGAGUUUACCCUGGAUCAGGAGGUCUUACACCUGCUCAGGCCAAAGCUGCUAAAUAUGGAGCUGCUGGUGGUAGUGGUGUUGUACCAGGAACUGGAGGAGUUUUCCCUGGAACAGGUCUCUCACCUGCUCAAGCAAAAGCAGCAGCCAAAUAUGGUGCUAGAGGUGGUCUUGGUGGAGUUCUAGGUCUAGGAGGCCAGGGUGCAGGAUAUGCUGCUGCAAAAGCUGCUAAAUAUGGUGUGCCUGGUGGGGUGCCUGGUGGGGUGCCUGGUGGUGUGCCGGGUGGUGUACUGGGUGGUGUACCGGGUGGUGUCCCAGGAGGUGUCCCAGGAGGAUAUCCUGCUGGUGCUAAAGCACUGAAAUAUGGUGUGCCAGGUGGUGUGCCAGGUGGUGUUCCAGGUGGUGUGCCAGGUGGUGUUCCAGGAGGAUAUCCUGCUGGUUCUAAAGCACUGAAAUAUGGUUUGCCAGGAGGUGUGCCAGGAGGUGUGCCUGGAGGUGUGCCUGGAGGAUUUCCUGCUGGUGCUAAAGGACAGAAAUAUGGAGGUUUCCCAGGAGGUGUACCAGGAGGUGUCCCAGGAGGUGUCCUAGGUGGUCUUCCAGGUGGAGUUCCAGGAGGUGUUCCAGGAGGAUAUCCUGCUGGUGCUAAAGCAUUAAAAUAUGGUGUCCCAGGUGGUGUGCCAGGAGGUGUACCAGGUGGUGUACCAGGAGGUGUACCAGGUGGUGUACCAGGUGGUGUGCCAGGAGGUGUACCAGGUGGUGUCCCAGGAGGAUAUCCUGCUGGUGCUAAAGCACUGAAAUAUGGAGGAGUUGGUACAGCGCAAGGAGUCGUUGGAGGAACAGGCGGAAUCCCGGGAACAGCCACAGGAGUCGGAACAUAUCCUGUUGGAGGUAAGCCUGCUAAAUAUGGAACUGUAGGAGGUACAGGGACUAUAACAGGAACAGGGGGAGUACCAACAGGGACUGGAAUUGGAACUGGAGGAUAUCCAGUGGGAGUCAAACCUUCUAAAACUGGUGGGCCAAGUUCUGGCAUUACUGGAACCGGUGUUUCGGAACCUGCAGCUACACCUGCUGUGGGUGUUUUGCCAGAUGAUGAUGGACUCCUUACUCCCGAUGGCACGGGUUUGCCUGUGAGACCAGCAAGGGGCCCAACUCUCGCCCCUGAUGGAACAAUUGUUCCAGGACCGACACCUAGUGUUGAAACUGGCAAAGCUCCUAAGCCCAGCAGAGGUGAUGUACCUCAAGGUACUCCUUUCAAAGCUCCCAAGACAGGUGCGACCUCAUAUGGUGGCUAUGGUCCUUAUGGUGGCUUUGCCCCAGUUCUUCCAGGAGCCAAGCCAAUUACAGCACCAGGUGUGACAUAUCCUUCUGGUGUUGGCCUUGGAGCAGCUAAACCACCCAAACCAGGCUAUGGGUCAUUGGGCACUGGAUAUCAGCAAGGAGCUGUUGCCCCAGGAACGUAUGGAGGCUAUCCACAGGCUUAUCCAGGACCGGGAUUGUGGCAGUAUUGCAAGAUGAUGACAGGAGGAUAUGUACCCGGUCUGACACCUCAGCAAGCUAAAGCCGCCAAAUAUGGUUCACUUCAGGGAUUCCUGGGUGGUGGAGGCUACAGAGGUGGUGUGGGGUGUCAAGGCAAAAUCUGCGGCAGGAGGAGAAAGUAAAGACUCUCUUGGGAUGUGAAAUGACCUCAAGAAAAAAUGGUGCUACUGCAUGAUCUAGAAUGUACAUUUGAUAUGCAAAAACAAUCCUAUCAUGUACAAAAAGUCUGUUUUAUACCUACAGGAAAGGUUUUUUUUUUUUUUUUUCUUUUUUUACAAACUCAAAGAGAAGCUGAGGAAAGCUGUUCACGUGACACAUUCCACCAUGUUGCCGAGAUCUUAUUUUGUAGAUGGGUACACCAAAUCAAAAAUACUAAUAUCUAGGUUCAUUAUUUGUCAUUGUAUACCUUAAGGCACUUAUUUCUUAUUUUUUUGAGAUUUUAAAAGACAAAAGCCAUUAUAUUUCCCUUUGCAUUGUGGUGGCAAUAGUAGCAGAAUUGGUUUAAAAUCUUGCAUUAGCUGUCUAAUGCACUUUAUUUUUGUUUAUUCAUAUUUAUACAUGAUACACAUUUGUGCCUAAAUAAAAUAAAUGGUUACCUCCUUGGAGACCUUUGUGCUCCAGUCAAACACAUUCAAAACAAAAUGUCAGUGGUGGUAUUUUUGUACUCCUUUUCUGGCCUUUACACAAUUGUAAAACUUGUAUUAGAAUUUGGAUUCUACUGGUUUUAGGGAAUAAAAAGUAUGAUUAAUUCCAUUCAUGAAGAAUUCUACAAAAUGGGACUCUGGGCACGUGUCCUCGUAGUACAUCAAUACCUUUUACAGUACAAGCAGGUCAAAAUCAGGAUAACAAAUUUAAAAAAGAAAAAGAAACAAAUCAACUAAAAGAGCAAUAAUAGUGCUGAUGUUACAAUAAAUGAGUUUUGAACCUGAAAAUAAAUGACAUACUUCCUGACAUUCCUUAAAUAGGUGGAAUUGGUGCUUCCAUCACUUGAUCUACAGACGUUUAACCCUUUAUAUUUAAAGAACUAGCUAUUAUAUAUCGUAUGCAUACAGUAUGAUGGCUUAUGUAACUGCAGGUUAAUUUUGCUUUUGUUGCUGUUUUGUUUGCACCAUGUGAACUUGACCUUGACAUUAUUACCGAGUUUGUACACAUGAUAACAAAAUAUUGUUUUAUUUUGCUUUCAGUACCUUAUGCAUUUUAGUCACUGUGGAAAUCUGUAAUACUGUAUAAGAUUUUUUUUUUUUUUAAGAUUUUAAGCGGUUUGUCUGAAAGUUAAAGCGUGUGUGUGUGUGUGUGUGUGUGUGUGUGUGUGUGUGUGUGUGUGUGUGUUUAUGUGUAUGUGUGUGUUAAACCCUGGUGUGUUGAUAUGUCUAUAUUUUGUUUAGUUGACUAAGCUUCUCUCAAUAAGCUUCACUAGCCAGUGUAUUACCCGUCUAAUAUUAAAUUAGUUCUUCUUAAUGAUUAAUGAAUCACAUCAUCGGUAACAUGUACUGUUUCAAGUUCAUCUGAGAUGUGUUUUCCUUUACCUGGUGCUGUAUUUGACCGCUCUGGGGUCAAUUAUGUCUAAUGUGCCGUGGCAUUUCCAUCUAAUUUAAACAAAGGGGUGGGGCUAUUGCACUUUUUUAUCCCACGGCGCACAUUUCACAUGUUCCAGGAAAUCUGGGCCUUUUUACUGCUUUACUGAAAACAAAAUAAACCGUUCUUAAACUAAAAA